AUGUUUCCAGCCAGCUCAAUCUGGAAACUGUACGCCGUUUCGGCCGUGAUUGCCUUCGUCAGUCUAACAGCCGUUGCCAAUGUUUUCGAGACUUUCCCGCGAACAAGAGAUCCUGUUUACUGUGAAAGCUUCCAGACUAUCGCAAACUCAGCCGUUUUACCAGAAGGGAAAGUUUCUUGCAAAACAGGCAAAGGUGACCGGCAUUUUUGUAGCCGCAAUUCAUGCGAUUUCAACCUGGUCACUGUCGACGAGUGGACCUAUGAAGGUUGCGUAGGUUCCCCCAAUCAUGGCAAAAUUAUCCCAAAGGGCAAGCCUAAAAACGUCCACGUGGCCAAAUACUGGACUCAUUGGAACAAACCAGGAGAGGAAAGUGGAUACAAGGUUGUCAUUGGUUGGGACAACCCAAAUGACAGGUCAACACGCGCUUACCAAUGUCCAUGGUACAAAUCCUCUGAUCACAACAGCGCCCUCGUUAUGUGUACUGACUGCUUCAGCCAUGACUUCACGGAACAACCUCCACCAGCCUAG